AUGCAGGAAGCGGAGGAAAAGAAACACCGGAAAGAGGAGGAAAAGGCAGCAAAGGAAGCUGCUAUACAGCUUCAAAAUGAAAUUAAUCUAGUCAACCAGGACAAGAAGAAUAUCAAGAAGCCUUCUACUGCAGAAGAAAUUGAAGACAUUAAUAAGAAGAGCAAGGAAGAGGUGGAAGAGGCACAUGUUAUGCUUCAUUUCUACUUGGUGGUUGAACCAGAAAAGCGGGCGGUGGGUGAAAGUGGGCGUCGGAUGAACGUGUACGGUAUUCCGAACCGAAUUUUCGCUCUUGAGUCGUCAUUGCACCUGUCUCGUGGAACAUAA